AUGACGGAGCCGGACCCUUUUACGCACAGACGAGCUCACAUUGGAGAGUUUCUCCGCUCAGAAGGAGGAGAGCACGGAGAGGAGCAUCCAGGAGCAUUGCAGUGGGACCAGCAGGUGAACAUUUUAGGAGAACACCUGAGUCCCGAAGAAGCCUUGUGGUUCAAAACCUCAGAAGAGCAGAAGCUUUUUCUUCCAGCAGGAAGAGUGAAAGGUCUGUCACUCACCGUCUGCAUUGUGUUGGAGUCUGUUGUGUUCGCUGUCAGGCCAACAAGUGGGUUCCCUCUGUCCGGAAGGGCAGAACCAGGCCAGAUUUUCCACAUCUGCAGUUAUUCUAAAAUGGAAGGUGCCUUCAAGCCUCAGUUGGCUUCAGCUGCAGAGACUCAAGAUGACCAACACCCAAAGCCAGACAAGAAUCCGGAGGGUCUCAGACAGGAUCAUGAACAGAAAAGUUGUCCGGUGAAUCCAGAUGAAAAUGAUGUGACUUACAAAGUGCUUAAAGAUCAUGAUCCACCUCAGGAGCAACCAGAGGUCCAGACAGAAGACAGAUUUCCAACACAGACUUAUGAUGACUCAGUAGCACUGUCAGAGUUCAGUGCAGUUGCAGAGAAGAAGAUCCAGGAUGAGGCCUCCUGUCCGUAUCAGAACCGAACACCCCUGGAUCUGACGUCUGCUCAGGCCAAUCAGGAUGAAGCUGAGGAGUCAGGAGGCAGCAUGCCGGCACUGGUGGUCACUGAGGCGGAUCAGUCCUGUUGGUCAACAGCAGCUCUUCAGAAAGCAGAAAGGCCUGCAGACCUGGUGAUCCCUGCAGCCGUCAGCAUGACCAGUCUGAGCUCCACCAGUGAUGGAGGAGACGUGACCUACUGCGACCUCCAGUCUCCGAGGAGCGACUCCCUCUCUGUGACUAGCGAGGCGACUGUCUCCAGGAGGAGUGAAGAGGACGAUACGAGGAGUGUCACUGCUUCAUCCGUCAUGUCUCUCUUCCACAGGGUGCAGCUGGAUCCUCUGGAGAAGGACUGGCUGAGGAGUUCAGCUGUGGGGAACGUUACCGCUCAGCGCCUGCUACUUGCUCAGGAGCCUGGUCUCGUGUUGAAGAAGACGGCACUUCACUGGGCAGCCAAGCAGGGCCGCCAGGAGGCCGUGGACAUAAUGCUGCGCUCUGGAGCCGACGUCAACAUCAGAUCGGGUUACACUGCUCUUCAUCUUGCUUCCAUUCAUGGACACCAGGACAUCAUUCAGACCCUCAUCAGCACAUACAAUGCUAAAAUCAACAUCAGAGAUUACCAUGGAAAAACAGCUCUCCAGUACUGGAGUGGCAGCACAGACAUCUUUAACAAAUCAGAUCCUCACACAGGUGGGAGGUUUUGUCCCAGCCGCCGGACGCAGCGCUUUGCUCUUCCAUCACUGCGUCUCUCUCGCUCUCGCAGUCAAGGACAGCUCCACCUGGAGUUUGGGGCAGUGCACCAGUCGACAUCUUACGAAGCGUUGGACCUCAAUGUUUGACGUCCUGCUGUAAUUUUUGGAACUUACCUGAGAAUUCUGUGCAACUUCACACCUUUAUGAGAUUUCUUUACAUCCAGUGAAUAAUUCACAGCUGGAAAAAUAUGAAGCCUAAAUACAAUUUUUCAUUUUACUGUUUUUAAAGAUAAAAAUUUGACAUUUAGUUUAAACUUUUAUUUUGUCUGUUUCAACUAUUUUUUCAUAAGGUAACACAGAAGAACGAUGGAAAAUUUUACAAAUCUUGCUCUACAUCAGCUAGAAAAUAAGCUUCAAAUCUGAAUAAAUAUUCACAGGAGGUGGUUGAAGAAGGAUCCAUACUGAAAUUUAAAUGCACAACAUGAAACUGAAUUGAAUACAGCCAUGGAAUGAACACAACAUGAAAAUAAAAUCAACUCUAACAGAACUAAACAAAAAAUAUUUAACAUGUAAAACCAAGAAUUGAACCCAAAACUCUUCAAAGACAGGAAAUAUUUGUUGACCGUCUGUUUACUGAUAUUUACUCUCCGCAUGUUGUUUUAAGUUUCCCUCAGACUGGUAGUGACUGGUGUUAGUUUAAAGUAACAGACAGUGAAGUCUUGUGUUUGAGUUAUUUGAAUAUAGAUGAGUAAAAGUUAAUAUUUUAGUAUCUGUAAAUGUUUGACAUGCUAAAACAUGUCUCAACUCAUUUCUUUCACCCCCACAAACCUCUCCAUUAAUUUGCACUCCAUUGGCCGACUCAUGGAAUAAAACUCAUCAUCUGCUUUAAUAAGGCAGACCGGUGCAAAUGAUAAUCAGGAAAGGAGGGAACUGAGUAAGAGAAGGAGGAAAAUAAAUCCAGCUUUAAUGACAAAAACUCUGGUUAAUGUGAACAUCAGAAAGAGUGGUUCAGUCCAGCUGUGAAAAAUAGAAGAUCUGGUUAAUGAGAGCCAAUAUUGAACGGGACACAUUCCCAGAUAUAAUCUGCACACAAUGUUUUUUUAUUUAUUUUAAUAGCAGGUGUUUAGAACAAAUAUGAGCUAUUACAGAAAAAAUAAUCAAGUUUGUGCCCAAAUUAACAGUAUUUAAAAGUAGUACGAGUCCAGAAUAAAAACAUCCCUUUAAUAUAAAAGAAUUUCAUUAAUCACAUAUGUUUUUCCAUUGUUUCCAGCUUCAUCUUGCAUUAUUUGAACUCCACUGGUAAGACCAACAGGGACUCUAGCUCCACUGUAAACAGGAGUUCAUGUUUUAACUUCUUUCUGUACCUCGUAUUGAAGACAUGGUGGGAAGCAGGUAGAUAAUAUAACAAGACUGGACCCUACCUACUGCAACUGUAGUGGGAGAGUGCAACAUUUACAAGAGACAUUGUUACCCUCAGUCCAGCUAAAUAAAACUCGUUUACAGCUGCUAAUGUUACAUAAGCUUCUUUUUUGUCAGUUUUAAAGAACCACCAUUUUAUUUCUAUUUUUAGGUUUUAAAAUUAAAUAAAAUACAUAACACUUUUGCAAAAAAAGGAUGGAUACUUCUUCUAUGGGAUGUUAAUAUUAGAGGAAAAUUAUGUAAUACAAAAUCAAAUUGUUUCUAGCCUAAUGAUAAGAAAAACAUAUCUGAUACUUUUAGUGUCAUUCUGUUGUGGAAAUAAAAUGCAAUUAUUCCAGGAAAAAACAGCUAAAACCUGCAUCUGCAUUAUUAUUACAUAUACACCUAACAACAUUAGCUGGUUCUUUAUCAUUUUUAACCAAUGUUAUUAAGAAUCACUGUCGAAGGUCCAAAGAGCCACUUGCGGUUAUGGACGCCUGGCAAAGACAGAAUGAUCAGAAUGAUUGCUGACCCAGACACCCGUACUGGUGAUAACUCAGAUUUCAGCCUGCAGACUCCCUGUUGAACCUCUCUCUGUGACACUAAGAGUCCAGCUAUCAGUCGGUUGCAGGCGUCAUGGAGAGGGUGUUUUCCGCUGUAAAGGUGUGCCCAGCAGGCCUGCAGAGAGGCAUAAGAAAUGCUCAAUGGCCUGCAGGCAGUGCUGAUUAACGAGGAGUCCGGCCUAGACACCUGCAGAAGUCACUGUGCCGAUUUCUAAUAGACAGGAAGAAGUCAGGAGGAAAAACAAUAGAGGUAAAUAACUUUGUUUUCCUGCAGCGAUGUAAAUUUAAUAGAGAAAAGAAGAGGAGGAACAAGAUGUUAGAACACACUUAUCACACCUGGGAUACUAUCUGUUCUACAUUUCUGUUUAAACAUCCAGAUCCUGACCUCAUUUCUUUCUGUUUUCUUCCCAAGGUAAUAAUUUCCUGUAAUCCUUCUAGCUAGGGGUGUAUUUUCUUUCACUAACAUCUGUACAACAAUAAUAAAACCAUUAUGGGGUUGUGGUAUAUGAUAUCCCUCAGCCAUAAAUAACAACACAGUGACAGAGGUGCAAUGUAAUGACUAAACAAGAGAAUCUUCAAUUUCUGAUUUGUGGGCUGUAGCUUACAUACCGGCUUGCUUUAAUUUCUGAUUACUUGAGAUAAAGAUUGUUAAAAAGACUGGAGUCUCAGACCACAAGUCCAAGUCCGGCCUGUGCCAAAUCUCAAGCUCACUGUAUUUUUUUACAUAUUUUGUUAUUGAUUUAAAUGUUUUUUAAUCCUAUUUUACAUUGUGGUCCUCCACAAAGUAGCCUAAGUUGGUGAAGUAAUAUGAGAAAAAAUAUACCUAAAAAAAGAGUUAAAAAAGAAAAAAACUGAAAUUUGUCAUGUCCGUAUGUAUUCACCCCCUUUAGCAAUGAAGCCCAUAAAAAGUUUUGGUGCAACCAAUUGCCUUCAAAAGUCACAUAAUUAGUGACCUAAUUAGCCUACCUGUGUGCAAUCUAAAUGUCACAUGGUCUGUCAGUAUAAACACAUCUUUUCUGAAAGGGCCCAGAGGCUGCAGCACCACUAAGCAAGAGGCAUCACACCAUGACAGAGCUCUCCAAACAAGUCAGGGACAAAGUUGUUAAGAAGUACAAGUCAGGGUGGGGUUAUGAAAAAUAUCCAAAUCUUUGAUUUUCCCUUGGAGCACCAUCAGAUCAUCAUCUUUAAAUGGAAAGCUCUGGUCAGAUGAGAAAGAAAACGCUGUAUCUGCCGCAAAUAUGGGAUGGAGGUUCACCUUCCAGCAAGACAAUGACCCAAAGCAUUGCUAGAGCAACACUUGAGUGGAUUAAGGGGAAACAUUUAAAUUUGUUGGAAUGGCAUAGUCAAAGUCCAAUUGAGAAUCUGUGGUUAGACUUGAAUAUCACUGUUCACAAGCGAGAACCAUUCAACAUGAAGGAGCUGGAGCAGUUCUGCCUUGAGGGAUGGUCAAAAAUCCCAAAGGCAAAAUGUGGCGAGCUCAUAGAGACGUAUUGAAAGCUACCUGCAGCUGUAAUUGCUGCAAAAGGUGGUUCUUCGAAGUACUGACUUUAGUGGGGGUGAACAGUUGUGCAUGCUGACGUUUUUCUGGUUUUUUGUCCUAAUUGUUUGUUUCACAAUAAAGAAUUAUAUAUCUUCAAA